CUUCGCAACUCCCCCCAGAUUUACACGCAACCUCAACCAAAAUACCAUUGAGUUAGGCUACCUGAUGCCUCUCAAUGCUCGAGCUGUGAACCGCUAAUGUCUGGUCAUGCUCUUUCCAUGAGUGCUUCAACGGCUUUACCGCUUUUGUUUUUCAACUCGCUGUCUGAAACACGUGUCAGGGAGCAACAGCUUUGAUUAUGUCGACGCAUCCCAUGAAGCCCAAAAUGAAGAGGAGAGGGCUACCGAAGACAAGAUUAGGUUGCCGUACUUGCAAGAAACGACGCGUGAAAUGUGGCGAGGAAAGGCCGGUCUGUGUCCGUUGCACCAGUUUCAGAGUCCAAUGUGACGGUUAUGAGAAUGAAGGCCCAAAUUGUGAGAAGAGGGCAUUGGCGAUUGCUGUUUCUCGGAAACCCCUGUUACUUCCCAAACGAGCUUCUCCUUCUCUUGUAAACAAUCCUUCUCACGUUUUGUUCCACUCCCAAAAAGAUCACCAUUACUUCGAAGUCUUCUGCACCAAAACUGCUUUUCAGAUUCUGCCAUAUUACGAUGCAGGAAUCUUCCGGCAAAUGCUUCUUCAGGCCUGCGUGUCUGAUGAUUCUCUUCGGCAUGCUGUAGUUGCUCUGGGUGCAAUGGAUAUGAAGAUGGAGAUGCUUGACGAAUUCGAAUCCCUGUCCUUGGAUGUCCAGGAUAAGAGCUCGCAUUUGCAUCAUCUAAAUGCUUUGAAAGAGUAUUCGGUUGCAAUCAGUAAGAUGAGGAAUUUCUCGGGGCAAUGACAUUCCCUGGACACUUGUCAAACGCUUUCUUCUCCCGUUGUUCUGUGAACAUGUUCAAGCUUGACCAUCCCAAUCAGGCAUGCUGAUCCGAGACUCUAACAACUAGAUCCUUUGCUUCGAAGCUUGGAACGGCAAUCUGGACUUUGCGGUACGCCAAAUCCAAACCGGUUUGAGGCUCAUCAGAGAGUGGCAUGAAUCUGCUCAAUCUCUGCUUGCCGGGCCUGUCGGAUCAGAUCCUGCCUAUAGCGGCAGUCUUGAGGGCGAGCUGGUUCGAAUCUUCAGCCGACUGGACACCCAAAUCGUAUCGUUUUCAGAGCAGCCAUCUCCGGAAUAUCACGCAAUGAUCAUUGUAAGUC